GGUGGUGUGUUUGUCUUGAAAAGGAAACCCGGAGUUAUUGAAAGUGCAUCUCCCGUGCGUAGAAGUGGUAGGCUCAUGCUGGAACAGCUUAAGAAGAGACCAAAGCGGGAUGCUGAACAUGUAGAUUUAAGUGAAGAAAAAGAUGAUGGGUCCCAAGAUGGUGAUGAUGUGGAGAAAGAGGCUAAAGAUGCCGAUGAGGAUAUGGAUUGUGCUGGAAAUGAUGAUGAAGAUUCUGAGAAUGAGGGUGAUAGUUCUGAUAGUGACGAUGAUUUUGAGGAUCCCUCAAAGAAGAAUAUCAGUGUGGAAAUCCCUCAACCUGUGAAUUCAAAAGCUGCAACAGUGGUGAAGAAAAAGGACGGGCUUCGGAAGAUGAAGGAAAAGUAUGUGUGGAUAAAGACGAGAUCUUCACCACAUGUGUUGCAGGGAGUGUUGGAUCAUGGAUGCUCUGAAUAACAUCCAAAAGCAGGAGAUAGAAAAGAUUGGUUUCGGUUCUAUUUUAAGGGAGCAGUUGACAGAGCAGCCUGCCAAAUUGGGGUAUUGGGUGGUAAAUAAUUUUAAUCCAAGGAGCAGCACACUUGAGCUUCCAAAGCACGUCAGAGUGCAUAUCAGCGUAGAAGAUGUUGAGCAUGUGAUGGGCUUGCCGAGGGGAAAUAUAAAGAUAAGUAACAAAGAAAGGAGUGAGAAAUGU